CGUAUAUACAGUCGAGAUGUACACAACUUUUCAACAUAAACAAUUAUAUAAUACUUGCAAGAAAAGGUUAAAUCCUUUUUUUUUGGAUCAAAUCCAUGAGACAAGAAAUACUAAUUAUGAAUCUGAAUCAAAACAAUUACCCCGUGUGUUAAAAGUAGCCUCAAAUCUUCAAAAUUGCGCUUAGUCGAAUGAUUUUAAUAGUAUAAAUUUAUUUAUGUCUUCCACAUAAGUUCAAAUCCAAUCAUUAACAAAUAAAAUAAACUUUUCUCUCUUUAUUUAUAUAUAUUUAAUUUAGAAGAAUUCUAAUGAUUUUUGUUAUUACAAACUUUGUUUCCACAAAAAAAUUGUACUCCUUUUACGAUAAAAAAAAAAUCUUUUGUAUUUACACUUUUAUUUGGCAACUGUACUCACACUUUAUAAUUAGUUUUUAUUUUCAUGUUUAGUUUUGUGAAUAUUGAUGGCUAACAUAGUAGAUUUUUUUUUGUUUAUAAUACAUAUGGAAACCGCUGCUUGUUUUAGUUUCUGUUAUACAAUUGAUUAUAUAUUUUGAAUCUAAUAAAAAUAAUCAGAAAAUGCCUUCAUGAGUAGAUAUGACUUAGAAGCAAAAUAAAAAAAGAAAGAAAAACAAGAAUUCCUAAGACGUUAUCAUGAUUGUUUUAUAUGUUCUUUAUUAUUACUACUCGUUUUCAUUAUUUUAUAUCGUUUAAAAAAAUACAAAAUCAGAUUUUAAAACAUGUCUCAAGCCUCCUAGAAAGGCUGGCACGGCACUGUUCAAGUCCAUAAACGCGGUUAAGCAAAAACAGCAAAUUUAGACACAGUCAAAGAGACCAAACAACCAAUUUAAACACAUGGCAGAGCUCAGUGCAUCAGUUUGGUGCCUCCAUGUAGAUGAUCCUUCAAGGAAACUUCAGAAUCCCAAACACGCCAAGUCAAAUGAAAAAAAAAUGACAAAAAAACAGAAAUAAAUAAAGAAGAAAAAAACACAUACAAUUAUUUUCAAACCGCCAUUGUCAAGCUAAGCCAUGCUGUAUUAACGUAUGUAGCUUGCAUGAUUAGUGUCACAACUCACAACGAUAAUUAAUUAAUUAAUCCCAACCAUCGAGUAUAUAUAGAACCUCUCUUCUCUCAUAAUUCCACACGCCAUCAAACAAAGAAACAAGAGUUUAAAACAUUAAUCAGAGAGUUGCAAGUUUCAAACAGAAUCAAUCUAAAGAUGAGUCCUAAGGCUUUGCAAGUUGUGAUCUUUCUUGGUUUCUUGGCCACUUCAUGUUUCUCUCAAGCUCCAGCCCCGGCACCAACCACCACCGUUUCUCCACCGACGUCGCUUCCUCCCAUGACAGCAGAAACACCUUCUCCGGUUGCUUCACCACCGGUUCCAGUUAACGAGCCAAAUCCAGCUCCAACUACUUCUCCAACAACAUCUCCGGUUGCUUCUCCUCCUCUAACAGAUGCUCCAGCCUCUGGUCCUUCCGAUGGAUUAACCCCGACUUUGGCUCCGGCUCCAGGACCAGAUACCGGUGCUGAAGCGCCUGUAAGCGCCGCAUGGGCUAAUCAAGCUUUCCUUGUGGGAACAUUUGUUGCCGGAGCUCUAUACGCUGUCGCUUUGGCUUAGAGAGCUUUUGAGUUGAGCGGACCUUUGGUCCUCUGCUUUUCGAUUACUGUUUUAUUAAUUACUUCUUUUCGUUCGCAUGUGUAAUUUAUUAUUAUUACUUGUAUAAUUCUUGUUGUGAUGAGGAUGAACAUAGAGACGAUAUGAAUAUCCAUUUAUAUAAAUUAAAACUAUUCUUUCAAAUUACUA